AUGUAUACAGAGGAGCGCAAAGGAGCAUGGCGAUGCGUCGAAUGCAUGAGCAACCUGCCUAAGAUUGACAACACGAACACUCCCGUGCGAGGCUUCCACGGAGGAAUUACUUAUCACCGGGGAGCGGCUACAGGGAGCCCUAUUGAGCUAAACAUUUCGACAGCGGAAAACCUAAAUGAUACGGCCCAUAAUCAGACCCUUGAUUUAACAGACCGACAAGCUAUCUUGCUGGAGUUGAGGGCCUUUAGGGAGGAGAUGCUGACUGAAAUUCGGACCAACCGUGCUCAAAUCGAGCAGCUGAAUGAAAAGGUGACAGCAUUGACAGGCAGGGUCAGUGAAUGUGAGAACCGUAUUGACCAACUGGAGGUUCGGAUGAACACACUGGAGAGCGGCAGGACCGAGGGUUUAGAAAAGGAACUUGAUAAAUCAGUUUUGACAUCAAUUGAAAACAUAAAGGCAGAGCUAAAUGACCGCGAUCAGGAUUUACUGCUGAACGACUUAGAAAUAUCCUGCGUACCUGAAGUCAAAGGCGAAAGCUUGUCCCAUGUCAUAAUGACUUUGGCGAGUAAGCUCGGUGUUGGUCUCGGUCAGCAGGACAUCGUAAGUGUCGACCGAGUAGGAAGAGUACUUGAGGCCGCGGCAGAACCUGCCGCGCCCCGGCGGCCGCGCCACAUAGUUGUGCGACUGUCCCGCCGGGCCGUACGCGACCAACUUCUGCAAGCUGCGAGAGUGAGGCGCGGCGCUACAACGGAGGGCUUGGGGCUACCGGAACCUUCGCGUCGUUUCUAUGUAAACGAAAGACUGACUAAGCUGAAUAGAGCGCUUUUUCGCCGUACGCGUGAUUUGGCUAACCAACUGAACUGGCGCUAUGUAUGGACGAGGGAUGGCCGAAUAUAUGCCAGGCAAUAUCCCACUAGAGAUAGCCCUCGCUUGCGCGUGCGCUCGGAGUCGGACCUGGUCAGGGUUUUUGGUGAGGCUGCCGUUGGUUCUACAAAUAAUUAG